AUGCCUUCUUCCACAGCCCAGAACAUCUACGACUCGGAAGACUUCUUCCAAAACUACGCCCAGCUCCCCCGCAUGAAGCAGGGUCUGGCCGGCGCAUCUGAGUGGCCACUGCUCUACCGCAUGCUACCGCCGGUCGCCGGACGUCGAGUCCUCGACCUCGGGUGCGGCGACGGCAUCCUCAGCCUCUGGGCGGCCAGCGAGGGGGCCGCGCAGGUCAACGCAUACGACAUCUCGCUCAACAUGCUCCAGCGCGCCCGCCAGAACGCCGACGUCAUCUUUGCCGAUGACGACAACAAGAACAAGAGGGCGCCCGUGUUUGCACGCAUGGACCUCGAGGACGUCAACCUCGACCACAUCCCCGACGGCUCCGUCGACGUCUGCGUCAGCGGCCUGGCCCUGCACUACGUCUCUAACUUUGAUGCCCUCCUGAGCCGCGUCUUUAGGGCCAUGAAGCCAGGCGGCUCCUUUGUCUUUUCCAUCGAGCACCCCAUGUACACGGCACCCGUCGUCCCAGGCUUCCGGCCCAUGGAGGAUGUCGCCGCUGCAGCCGCCGAAAACGCAACAGAUGACAACAGCAACGGCCAGGGUCCUGCGGCGGCAACACAAGAAAGCGGCUCCAAGUUCUUCUGGCCCGUCGACAGCUACUUUUCCGAGGGCCAGCGCGAGGUGACUUGGCUCAACGGCGGCGUCCAGAAGCAGCACCGCACCAUGGCCAGCUACUUUAACAUGCUCGUCGCCGCCGGCUUCGUCGUAAAGGACAUGGCCGAGUGGGGGUCGACCGAAGACGCCCGCCGCAAGCAUCCGGACUGGCCCGAGAACGUCUGCCCGCGCUUCCUGCUGCUGGCUGCCCAGAAGCCGGCCGCCGUCGACGAGUCCGCUUCCACAUCUGCCAGGUUGUAA